UCUGGGAAGCAGUAGCUCUCAACUCCGCUAGUCAAGAUGUCUGACAUGGAGGAUGACUUUAUGUGCGACGAUGAAGAAGAUUAUGACCUGGAGGAAUACUCAGAAGACAGCAAUUCCGAGCCCAAUGUGGACUUGGAAAACCAGUACUACAAUUCCAAAGCAUUGAAGGAAGAUGACCCGAAAGCAGCGCUUAGCAGCUUCCAGAAGGUGCUGGAGCUCGAAGGUGAAAAGGGGGAGUGGGGAUUUAAAGCACUGAAGCAGAUGAUAAAAAUAAACUUUAAACUGACAAACUUCCCUGAAAUGAUGAACAGAUACAAGCAGCUGCUCACUUACAUCCGGAGUGCUGUCACAAGGAACUAUUCAGAGAAAUCCAUCAACUCCAUUCUUGACUACAUCUCCACCUCAAAACAGAUGGACCUUCUGCAGGAAUUCUAUGAAACCACCUUGGAGGCAUUAAAGGAUGCAAAAAAUGACAGGCUGUGGUUCAAAACAAACACAAAGCUUGGAAAACUGUAUUUAGAGCGGGAAGAGUAUGGAAAGCUUCAGAAGAUACUCAGACAGUUGCACCAGUCUUGCCAGACUGAUGAUGGGGAAGAUGACUUAAAGAAGGGCACCCAGCUACUGGAGAUAUAUGCUUUGGAAAUUCAGAUGUAUACAGCACAGAAGAACAACAAGAAGUUAAAAGCCCUCUACGAACAGUCGCUGCACAUCAAAUCUGCCAUCCCCCACCCACUUAUCAUGGGUGUGAUCAGAGAAUGUGGAGGUAAAAUGCACUUAAGAGAAGGAGAAUUUGAGAAGGCUCACACGGAUUUCUUUGAGGCUUUCAAAAAUUACGAUGAAUCAGGAAGUCCCCGACGUACCACUUGUUUGAAGUACCUGGUUUUGGCCAACAUGCUGAUGAAGUCAGGAAUAAACCCGUUUGACUCGCAGGAGGCUAAGCCCUAUAAAAAUGACCCAGAGAUCCUUGCAAUGACAAACUUAGUAAGUGCCUACCAGAAUAAUGACAUCACCGAGUUUGAGAAAAUUCUAAAAACAAAUCACAGUAACAUAAUGGAUGACCCCUUUAUAAGGGAGCACAUUGAGGAACUGUUGCGGAACAUCAGAACACAAGUGCUUAUCAAGUUAAUCAAGCCUUACACUAGAAUACACAUACCAUUUAUUUCAAAGGAGUUGAACAUUGAUGUCGCAGAUGUAGAGAGCUUGCUGGUGCAGUGCAUAUUGGACAACACUAUUCAUGGCCGGAUCGACCAAGUCAACCAACUGCUGGAGCUAGACCACCAGAAGAGGGGAGGGGCCAGAUACACCGCUUUAGAUAAAUGGACCCAUCAGCUGAAUUCCCUCAAUCAGGCCAUUGUUAGCAAGCUGGCUUAAUUGGCAGGUGUUUCAACAGAUAGCGCUUAAGACCACAGUGCAGUAAAGGUAAAGUUCAAAGACCUGGGAAUGGCAAAACUAUUGUCGGGUGAAGAGUCCUGAUAAUUGGAGCUUGACAGAAGUGCUUUCUUUAAACGGCUGAUUUGUGUUCCGCUGCUGCCCUUUCAUAAGACAAAAACAGCUUUAAUGUUCUGAAGAAAACCAAAACCCUUUGGGAUUUAUGCUGUAUUGACAUCAAGCCCUUGUCAAUAUAUUUUAUAAUCAGGGCCAUGGAAUUACCAGACUUUGUCAUGAUCUCUAAUACAUCAACAUGUUAUUUUGGUAAACGUUAAGACAAAAAAGUCUUUCACCUGUAAGAUCUUAAAUGCAAACAUAAUCUGCAAUAACUUGAAAUGUAUACAAAUUUUGAAUACUCAACUUUUUCCAUGUAUAAGUCAGCAUGUUUGCAGUAUUCUGCAAAAUGUCAGGUUUCCAAGCCGUGCUUUUCUGUACUCGCAGUUGUAGGUGAUCUUUAAAACUCAUUUGGGGCUCUGUUGCCGCUCCGGACUUCGUGAAGCAAAAUAAAACGGUGCAGCUCGGUCAUCGUGUUAUCCGAAUUUAAGCUCCUUUUAUUUUGUUUUGUAAUGAAAUGGGGGGAAAAAAACAAGAGAAACUGCCUUUUGCUUUGAACAAACAAUGUACAGUACUUAGUUUAAUAUUGUUGUGAUGUUUGUCUGGAGUUCUUUGACACCACAAAAGUACACUGUCCUAUCAGACGUCAUGGGCCACUGGUAGUUGUGACUAAAACAUGUUUAUCCCAGUGAAUGAAUAGCGUGUAAAGCCUCCGGCUUUAAUGGCGCUUCAAUGUGUCGUUGGAGACUGUCUACUAAUCUGCGUAAGAAAGCUGGUAGUAUUAUGCUCCGCUCAUUAAGAUCUUACUGCUGAACAUGGCUGUAUAGGCAUUGCCCCAGUUCGGAGUUACAGAUCAUCCCAGAGGUGUUCUGCUGGGUUGAGGCUGGGGUUUUGUGUUGGCUGUAUUCAAGCCACCUGUAUUUACAGCCAUUUUCCUUCAAUCAGAUGGUCAGCCCCAUGACUUUUGAUAGGAUAAUGUAGAUGGAUCAUCACAAUAUUCUUGGUUUACCCUAGGACACAGUUUGCUUGUGAUUUGGGAUUGAAAAAAAGUAUUCUCAUUUGAAAG